UCGCUUGCUUGUGUGUGUUGCUGAAAUAAAAGUUGAUAGGUGGAUGGUUUUCCUAUUGCAUGACUUCAAAGGAUCAUAAUCAUGGUGAUGGGAGCAACCACUGCUGCUCCAUCCAGUCAGCUGUCCCAUCAGUUUCACAGACCAUGGAUGAAAUGGACUGGGAGAGAGGAAUCUGGCCAGCAGCGCUGGAGGGUGACACUGCCCGCCUGGAGCGUCUGCUCCGCUCCGGAGUACCCGCCGACCGGCCGGACCGGUCCGGGUACACGGCGCUGCACUACGCGGCGCGCGCCGGCCAGCUGGCGGCCGUGGACCUCCUGCUGGCCGCCGGCGCCGCGCCCGACACCCCCACCGGCGGCGGCGCCACGGCGCUGCAGCGGGCCGCCGGCGCCGGCCGGCUGGCCGUGAUCCGCCGGCUGACGGCCGCCGGCGCCUCGCUCACCGCCCGGGACCAGCGCGGUCAGACGGCGCUGCACCGGGCCGCGGAGGCGCAGAAGACAGACGCCUGCCGGCUGCUGCUGCAGAUGGAGCCCGCGCUGGCCGACGUCAGGGACGACCGGGGCCGCCGGCCAGCCGACCUGGUCACUGGUGACGGAGAGCUGAGGCAGCUGCUGAUAGUGGAGCCCGAGGUGUCUCCCAACAGCUCGGCUGAACCCGGCUGAUGGCGUCAGACUGCGGUAGGAGACUGACAGGUGACACUGACUUCAGUGUUGCGAUAUUACCGCUAUCACAGCUCUUGGUCGAAAAAGAGCGGAUAAAGCCUUCCCAUCAGGCGACUGUCUUAUGGUAAUUUUUAGUCUCGCGCGGGCCGUAUUUUACGCUCCAAUGUCGCUUUAGGAAUGAGACUGCAAGCUCGCAAGCAUUUUCAUGGCCAUCGUCGCAUCGAACUGAGUGAUAAAUGGAGCAGCGCCGAGUCUCAUUUCGUCAGUACUGUAACCAUUGUCGCCCAUCUGGGGAAAAGAAGGCUCGUGUCGUAGCGCAUUCGCAAUUCGGCUUUAUAAGAAUGAAAAUGAAUUCAGUACGUCGUAAGA